AUGGGCUUGCGGGAAAGACGAGGAAUAUACAUAACCGUUAUAUUGAUUUCAUAUGGAAUAGCUGAUGUCGACACAAGUCUCCCAGUAGAUUUAGCGUCUGAGGAAAAAGCUCCACAACAAACGACUCUAUCAUCAACACUCACAUCGCUACAACCCACUACUGUUAACAUUUCUACCUCUUCAUACGCAACGGCCAUACCACCGAUACCGCCAAGUGAUAGAGAUCGAUUCCUAACUUUUGCGGAAUCUGGCCAUCAUCAGACGUUCAUGUUUGCUAAAGACAACACAUACAUACAAUUGGAUGGAGAUAUCAUACAAAGAUUUCAAUUGAGAUUGUGCCGAGAAAUAUCGUUUAAGUUUCGUACGAGACUUCCUCAUGGUCUGUUAGUGUAUCAUAAUGUUAAGAAUCCGGUUUUUAAAAUGCAACCGUAUGCAUUAUACGUCAUCGUGGAAAAGGGGGAGCUCAAAGUUGUACACGUAUUUGGGAAACAUUUGACAUCAGUAACAGUAGGUAGAGCGUUGAAUAGAGAUCAAUGGCAUAGUGUAGUAGUUACAAUAGACGUUCAUGGUGCAAGGCUCAUCGCUAAAGUGGACCAGCUGAAAGAAGAAGUUUAUUUAAAGGGCUUAAGUUUUGAUACAAAUUAUGGAAUAACUGAUAAUCUCACAUCCGUCAUUCUAAUUGGAGGUCUCAGUUCUGAAGAAAAACUACACGGUGUUAAAUACAUAAUCGAAUCAUUUGUGGGUUGUAUCAGUGAUAUGGUACUGAGUUCGGGGAAAGCCGCAUCGGACCUCUUACCUAUAGUCCCUCUAAUUGCGACCAAACAUGAAAAUGUUAAAGAGGGAUGUGUAAAUAAAUGUAAAACGAUGGAAAAUCUGUGUUUCGAAGGUUCUAGAUGUAUUAAUGAAUAUAACGGGUAUAGAUGUGACUGCUUCGGUACUUUGUAUGAAGAACAGCUUUGUGAUGUUUAUACGGCCACGAUAUUAACUCUGCGCGGCUCCAGCUACGUCUCGUACCGAGUGUACGAUUGGAAGGAUCGUGUACAUUCUACCAGUACUAGAGUUAGCUUACAUUUUCGGACGCGUUUCGACGAUUCCGCCUUAUUUUACGCGAGCGGUCAAAUAGACGACAAACACCAUUACAUCGCGCUUUCGAUACAUCAAGAAAAAGUAGCUAUACAAAUAGAUUUAGGGGACGGUUCCAUUGAAGAUUACUUGGGGAAUAGAGUAAAUAAUAAUAGAUGGCACAACAUAACAGUUAUUUUGCAAGAAAAAACCGUUUUCGUAUACCUCGAUGAUACGACCGCUACAUAUGAGAUUCCGGGAGACGCGAAAUUCGUUUGUAUUGAUCCUGAGAUAUAUAUUUGUGGUGGUCCGGAUUUACAUAAAAUGAAAGGGCUUAAGUCCUUCAAUAACUUCGCGGGAAAUUUAAAAUACGUUUAUUAUAACGAUGUAUCGAUUUUAUACGAAUUAAAACAGAAUAACCCUAAAGUUCAUUAUAUUGGGGUUUUGGAUCCUUUAUUCGAUGAAAUCGAUAUUGAAGUGAUACCAAUUACGUAUCCUUUUGCCACUUCCCAUAUAUGGUGGCCGUUGAAUGCGACUAAUAGUAUCAAUCUGAUUUUCGACUUUAAAACCAGUAAAAAUAUGGCGGUUUUGGCUUACAGCCAGAUUACAUCAGGACAAGGCUAUUGGGAGGUAAGAAUGGUAAAGGAAGAAAUACGUUUCGAGCUCGUACCAGAUGUAGGUAAAAACGUAACAGUGCUCAAAUCAGUGAAGUUUAACGUCAGCAACGAUUGGCAUAACGUCGAGUUAGAUUAUAGGAAGGGCAGGAUUAAAUUAACUGUUGACCAUCACAAUAAACAUGCGCAGAUGUUCGGAUUAGAUUUUCAAUUGCAAGAUAAAAUCGUCAUUGGUAGUGGAUUAAAAUCUGCCAAUUUAGGGUUAAUUGGAUGUAUGCGAAAUAUCAAAAUUAAUGGGCUUUUAAUUGAACCAAGAUUUGUAAUAAACACUGAACGUGUAGUAGGAGAAGUAGCGAUAGACGAUUGUAGUUACGUGGAUCCGUGCACGAGACCUAACACUUGCGAGCAUGGCGGCAUCUGCUCCAUUAGAGAGGACCGAGUUAUAUGUAAUUGUGAUAAUACAGGGUAUAUCGGGGAAAACUGUCACUUUGCGACUUUCCGUAAAACCUGCGAAGAAUUAGCCCUCCUCGGGUACACGCGCAACGACGUAUACUUGAUAGAUAUAGACGGCAACGGCAAGUUCCCUCCAGCACACGUCAAAUGCGAGUUCCAAAUAGAAGCCGAUUCAUCUACUACAGUUGUUGAACAUAACUUACCUAGCCAAGUGGACGUCCGCUCAGCGUCCGGUCAAGAUUUUAGCUUUAAAAUCAAAUAUAGAGAAUUCACAGCGGAAAUGCUUCAAGAACUGAUAUCGCAUUCGUUAUUUUGUCGCCAAUACAUUAAAUAUGACUGUAACAUGGCGCCUUUGGAGUUACACAGCGCUACGUGGUUCAUUUCAUCCUCUAACGACACUGUGGAUUACAUUGGAAAUGUGAAAAAAGGAUACUGUCCUUGUGGGGUAAACACGACUUGUGUGAAUCCAACGCAGUCUUGCAAUUGCGAUGCGAAUGAGAACAAAUGGCACUCAGACGAAGGCACGCUGGUCCAUCCUAAGAGUUUGGGGAUCACUGAAAUGUUCUUCCUACAGCAGAAAGACUUGACUGAAGAAGCUCAGGGUAGAAUCACUUUGGGGCCUUUAGAGUGUGUUGAAACAAACACACAGCGAUACGUGGUGACAUUCACGACGUCGCAGUCCUACAUCGAGGUGCCGGGGUGGCGCAAGGGCGACAUCGCCUUCAGCUUCCGCACCACCGGCACCAGCGCCAUCUUGCUGUUCCAGCCGCCGAUACGACCGAAUUACCCCUCCUUUAUGGUCGCCUUAACUAGCGAACACGAAUUGACAUUUAACUUCACACUCAACACGGGCACUACUAGGAAACUAGUGAUUAACUCCAAAAGGAAACUAAACGGCGGGGAGUGGCAUAAGAUAUGGAUAGAUUACAACUUCUACCACGUCAGGUUCAUGCUUAACACUGAAUAUCAGAUGCUAAAUUUGCUUCAAGAAGAGGAAUUUGGUCCGUUCGAAGGCUCCAUGUUUAUUGGUGGUGCUACUGCAGAGCAUCUCAAAAAGUCCACAGUACACCAAGGCCUUAUCGGUUGUUUCCGCGGUUUAGUUGUUAACGGGGAGAUUUUAGAUAUAUACAGCUACAUGUCUGUCCAUCUGUCCGAGAUUAUCAAAGACUGUAAACCUUCCUGUGUUCCCAAUCCAUGUCAGAAUAAGGCCACUUGUAAAGAGCUUUGGUCGUCUUACGAAUGUAUCUGUAAGAAUCCUUGGGCCCACUUAGGCGUGCAUUGCGAGGAGAACAUAAACGAGAAAGCCUUAACGUUCCAAACAAAAGAGGCAUAUCUCAAAAAAAACUAUUUAGUAGAUAACGCUACGGACGCAGAAAAGAUCAGAUUGAAGAAAAUGAUGGUUGAAAAUGUUCUUAUGAACUUGAGAACUUACGAUAACGACGCUUUAGUUUUAUACGCAAAUGAUAAUUUAAACAAUUUUAUACAUUUAUUCAUUCACAACGGUACAGAAAUAAUAUAUCUAUUCAACAAUGAAGAUGAAAUCGUUCAAAUGAACGUGACAUACGAGAAAAUAAAUAAAGGUGAAAGUGUACAGAUAGCGAUCAUAAGGACGGAAAACUCGACAACGUUACAUGUUAACGAUAAAAACACGACAAUCAAUAAAGUGGCCAAACUGCUGACCAAUUAUACGAAUAAGCCGUGGAGGAAUCCUGAAUUGGAGGUUAUUCGCCCUCAAAGACCGCCGGCCCCUCCCACAGAUUACUUUCAAAUGAAUUUAGGGGGUUACGACCCCUACUCCUUACAUUUAUCUCAUCGUGCUUCAAUACUACCGCAAGGGGGUUAUGUGGGCUGUGUGAGGGGUUUCAAGAUAGCUGACCACGUUGUGGAUUUAUCGAAAAAGGCACAGCAGAAUAUUGAACAAGAUUUAACAGGUGUUUUGCCGGAAUGUAAUAUGAAAUGUGAUUCGGAGCCUUGCAAGAACGGCGGGAUUUGUACAGAAGAUUUCACAAACCAAGAGAGCAGUUGUGAUUGCGAGCUUACGAGUUACUUUGGUGAAUAUUGUAUGGAAGAGAAAGGAGCUGAAUUCAAUGGAGAAAGCAUUUUGCAAAGGAAAUUUGUCUUAACUGGACCUAUAUUGAGGGUAAAAAUAAAACUGGCGUUUUCAAGUAAUGAUCUCAGACAAAAGAAUACCGUCCUGCUUUUGGUGCAAACUGAAAACAAGCGAAGCUAUUACUUACUGGUGGCUAUUACUCAAGAUGGAUACUUGAAGUUUGAAGAGGAUCGUGAGGACGCCGCAUAUGGAGCUGAAGUUAAGGAAAGAAACUUCUUGAAUGGUGCCCGUCAUACAGUUUAUUAUACAAGAAAAAACCAACAAGCGAAAUUGUUAAUAGAUAGAAUAGAAGUGCCCUUAGAGAAGUUGCCUCCACAAGGACUGUGGGAGGUUCUAGACGUCGGCUCUAAUGAAGUGCAGAUUGGCGGCCUUAAUACCACCGAUCCGAGACUGAAGAUAUACAAAGGAUAUAAUGGAUGUUUGUCCAACAUCCUGAUCGAACUGAAUACAUACACGAUGAAGCCGCUGGAGGAGUACAUGCUGUUCACGCGCUCCGGCGCCGAGGCGGUGAACGCGGUGAACGCGCCCGGCGUCCGCUCCGCGCAGUGCUCCAGCGACUUCGACGAGUACUCGCGCCGCGACCGCGACCGCGCCGCGCACAACGGCAGCUCCCUCGUUAGCGUGGAUAAGACUUGGGUAGAGGACCCUCCCUCGCGCGCGCCCUACGACUCGCUCCACACUGCGCCCGACGCGGAAGAAGAAAACACCGACAAGCUGUUCAUAUCUCUUAUAGUUAUAUUCCUGCUCGGGCUCUGCUAUACCGCAUCACAUAUGUGGAGAACGCAAAAGGCGUACAGAUUGAGAAUAGAAAAGGAAACAGACGAAAAUAUCUUGCGAAAUAAAGAGAAAGCGACAAAACUUCAAGAACCAUCUGUAUCUUUUCUACAGCUUAACAAAGAACUUGAAGAGAACAAAGAAAGCGAGAAAAAGUCAAACGGCGUCGUCAUAGACGCAGUCCCCACCGUCAUAAUAGAAACUGAAGAAAAACCUGUCAGCAGACGAGGAUCGCUGAGAUUUAGAGAUAUGGUAGACAAGGACAUUGCGUGGGAGCCUUUAGAAGAAAAGGACGAGACAUUAGAGAAUGAAGAAGAAGAAAAUGCGUCGUACGAAGAAACUGAAGAUGAACCAGAAUCAGAUGAUAAUAAUGCGGAUCCCAUUAAAAAUAAUCCUGCGAGCGAAACCAAUUCGAUUCAAAAAGAACUGCCAACACAACUUCCGUACAAGGUGGAUGAAGAAAAUCCUGUUGAAUUAACGUCUAGUGCA